CACUUGAUUUUUCCACGCCACCAGCAUUUCCUCUGUGCCAGAUAUUUUCUCUCUCUCUAAUACUAUCUCUUGAGUUUCUCUCUCUAAAACCCUGCUUUACAACAACAAAUCGAUCUUCUUCUUUUUUAAUUUCUUAGUCGGAUUCCAUUUCAAGAAGAAACUGAAGCUUAGGGUUUCGAUUUUGAGUCUGGAUUUUAUUAAUUUUAAAAAAAUUGUCUGAUGGCUAAUUCUAGAAAGCAAGAAUUCAACGAAGAUCGCGUUGAACAAUCAAGCGUUAACGAUUUCGACGACUCAUCGUCGAUAUCGAGCGCCGGUGGAACCUCUACCGCGGGAUCUGGCAGGGUUUCAGCAGAGCGGAGCGAGCCAAGUGAGGCUGGGUUAACGGAGCGAUUGACGGACAUUCUAGUGGACCAAGGAGACGGAGAUUUGUUGCUUCAAAGGAACGAUCGUGAAGAUAGGGUUUUGCAGUGGCUGCAAGCGCUAGACAUGCAGGUCAUGGGAGCUUGUAGAGCUGAUGAGAGGUUAAAGCCGUUGUUGAAACUGAAUGCUUCCAGUGGCGUGGCUGAGGACCGGCUCUUAGCACAUCUCAGCCAGCACUUUGAGCCGUCGGAGGUUGGUAUGCUAGCUAGGUGUUUCUGCAUACCUCUGGUUUCGAUUCGUGUUGGGAAGAUUAACAAGCAAGGGACUCUAUUGUGCCCGACUACCAUAAGAGGGGAUUUAAAUCUUACACUAUUGCCAGCGUCUGGUCUGCGCCUCUCAUUCAUUGGUGAUGAUGGUAGUACAGAGAGGCUGUUCACCCUAAGUAGUAAAACCCACUGUCCUGCUGUUGAAGUUCAUGAGAUCCCUGCAGACAGUUCUGGCCGAUCUUUCAACUUAAAGAUCUCAGAUGGCAGAGUUUUUUACUUUUGGUGCUCGGAGAAAUCAAAACUUUUGGGAAUUGAAUUACUUGCAAAGAUGAAAGAUGUACUAAAGAGGAAACCAUCUAUAGCUGAUUUAACCGGAAUCAGCAAGUCACGACUUGAUUGCUUUGCAACUCACCUUCGGGCCUUCCUUGUGGGAAGCAAUGGCAGGGAAAUUUCUUCUUGUUCUCUUGCCACUUCUUCUACCACUCCGGACGUCUCUGAUUCAACCUCCACAACAAAGUCUCUGCGUUCCAGGCAUACUGGCAGUCUGGCAGUUAAAACGAAUUCAACUUAUCAGGGAAGUCUCAGUCCUAGAUCAAGUUCCUUCAAAGAGGGCCUACCCAGAAGCCUGUCUUCUUCAAGGAAUGCCACCAGGGAAAAGUUAAGGCGUCGUGUGGACAACCAUCUUUCAGCAGUUGAUAACAUAAUGGCUGCAUUGCCACUCAGCAUUGAUGUGACUUGCAAUCAAUCCGGGAAUGAAAAAUUGCAGGAAGCUAAGAGCUGCCCUUUGGCACCCUCUAGUGUUCUUGAAUCUCUUGGUAAAUUGUCUUUGCCACCAAUUCAGCUCCCUGUGUCUCAUGUUCUGCCUAGCCCACCUAUUCUCUCUCCAUACUAUUGUUGGUGCCCCCAAGGUACAUCGAGUUUGCAAUAUCCUUCCACACCUUCAGAAAUAUCUAUCUCAUCGGUUGAAUCACCUUUACUGCCACCCUUUCCUCCAUUAUUAUCCCCCAGUAGACCAUCCAACCUGUUAAGCCCUAUACCACCUCUCAGUUUGGCUGACUUCCCCUCGCUGGAUUUUCCUGCUUUGCUGCCAGACCCAUUAGUUCGGUUGCCAAUUCCGAGUUCACAGCAAAUCCCAACUUUCACUCCUUUAAUGUGUGACCCCAUUGUUCACAUUCCACUCAUUGAUGUUUGUUCCUCGGGUCAAGGCUACCUGGUCAGUGCUGGACCGACUAUUGCAAGUCCUAUUCCACCUUUGCACCCAAGACUUGUAAACCCAUUGAUUCCUGAAACUGCUGAAUCUGUGGUGGAGAAGGGUGCGAGAGAGACUCUGAGACUGCUUAUCAGCAGUACAAGCCAAACCAAUUCUCAAUUCAUGAAUGUUCUACCGGUUGUGCUAACCAAUACUGAUCAGACGAGUAUACUUGCUAGUGGAAGCUGGAGCCUUUACACAGGAACCAGAGAUGUCGAUGCUAUUGCAAAUAGAAUUGCCACCAUGGGCCUGGUUUCAUUGUCCGAGUCCUCUAUAGGCAACAGUGUUGCAGAUAUAAGUGGCGGCUGUGAUAAUACCAACGCUUUGCCUGAUAAUCUGCCUGAUGGAUCUAGCGUUUUGGGUGGGCCAUAUUCUGAAGACGAAGGUACUAUGUUUUCGAACGCUGGGAAGGGAACCAAUUAAGGCUGUAUUGCAUUGCCAAUGUAAAUCUGUUAUUGUCUCCAAUGUGUAGAUAUGUGGCUGCAGCCCUGGGAUUUUGAAUUGUAAUUAUUGCAAAUCCUGCCGAUCAUUGGGCAUUUGUUCCACCUUUGUUCCUUGAGCUGUUUGGGUAGAAAUAGAACUCUACUGUAAUGCCUUUUUUUUUUUGUCAGAUGUAUUUUGUUUUCUGUAUUUUCCGUGGUGCCUUGGCUACUGAGAGCCUCGAUACAAUUAUUGAUUGCUUUUGGUUGCGCGCUGGAAAGGCGUGAUGAAUAACAGAUUCAUCUGUUUUGUGCCAA